GGUGUGGUUUUCUACUCCUGUCUCAUAAAGCUUGCACAGAAUUGGAAUUGCGUGAGAAAUCACUAGAACGCCGCUGACUCGUCUCUGUAAGGAUCCUGUCAGAAUGGAUAGAGACUCUAGUGGUUCUCUGUAUUUCUCUGUACUGUAUGCUCUGGUAACAGCACUGUACACGACAGCUGUGAUACUGAGGGUGGUGAGAGGGGAGUUGAAGCUGGGGCUGUGGUGCGUCUGGAGCCUGUUCUUGGUCUUCAUUGGGGAGCCUCUUUGUUUCAUCAAACUGCCUGGCUACUCUGGUUUGCUCCUACUCUCUAUCGGUUUCCUUAUCUCCAAUUCCAGACUGUGCAAGUCUGUGGAGCUGUUAUCAGUAGGUAACAGGGCAGUACUGAUUACAGGCUGUGACUCUGGGUUUGGUCAUGCCCUGGCAAAAUAUUUGGACAGGCUGGGCUUCACUGUGUUUGCCGGGGUUCUGAAUGAGCAGGGCCCGGGUUCGGUGGAGCUCAAGAGGAGUGGAUCGGAAAGACUUUCAGUCCUCCAGUUGGAUGUGACCGACACAGUACAGAUUGAGCAAGCCUACCUGGAAAUUAAAGCACGUACCAACGAAACAGGGCUCUGGGGUGUGGUGAACAAUGCAGGAAUCCUGGGUUUCAUCGCCGAUGGAGAGAUUCUACCCAUGAGUCUGUUCAAGAACUGCAUGGCGGUCAACUUCUUUGCAGCCGUGGAACUCACACAGACCUUUCUACCAUUGCUACGCCAGGCCAAGGGCAGACUGGUCAACAUCUCCAGCAUGGCAGGUCAAGUUCCUAUCCCUAGGUUUGCAGCUUACGGUGCUUCAAAAGCUGCACUUAGUAUUUUUUCUGCAGUGAUGAGACUGGAACUUUCCAAAUGGGGCGUCAAAGUUGCCACAGUCCAACCUGGUGCCUUCAAAACAAGUAUCUAUGGCACACAAGAGCAAUGGAACUACCACCAGGAACAAAUCCUCUCCCAUCUGCGCCCAAAUGUAAAAGAAGACUACGGUGAGCAGUACAUCUUAACUUUACAGAACAACCUCCCCAAGAUGAGUUCCAUCUCUUCAGAGAAUCUCCAGCCAGUGCUGGAUGACAUCCUCCACGCCCUAAUUGCACCCAACCCAGAACAUCUCUACAGCCCGGGCAGGUCCGCCUGGGUCAUCCCCUUCAUUCACAGCUUGUUACCAGUGCGUCUCUAUGACAUUAUCAUCUGCACAAUGUUUGAGUCUCACAAGCACCUCCCAGGAGGCAUCCAGGGUAAACCACGGGAGAAACAUAACAGGACGUAGCCGGUGUACAGCCAAGGAUAGGCCAGGACAAUAUGCAGCUCUUGUUUUACACAUCAACCAAAACGCAAUGUAUCUGUAAGCUGUAAAACUUUAAACUCUGUUUGAGAUGGUUUUUAACUUGUAAAUACAAACUGGAGAAGGGGAAUCCAUGUGGCACUGCAGAACCUUAUGUACAGUAUAGAGUAUAGGACAGCAAAUGUAUGUAAAGGAGGGAAUAUUGGCAGAAAGUGUUUACCCCAAACGAGUGUCAAUGUAAACGAUACAUAACUAACUCUAAUUAGCCUUACAAACUUUUACCAUAGUAAAAGCAUACCAAAGUGCAAUAAAGCACAGUGAAAGCAUGGUAAAGCAUAGGUAAGCAUUGUAAAGAAUAGUGAGGUAUGGUAAAGCAUAUUUUAAAAAAUAAAUAAAUAAUAUAAAAAAAUGGCAAACUGGGAUAAACUAUGGUAAAUCCACACUAUAAGCCCAGGGAAAGCAUGGUAAAACUGGAAAAAUACAGUGCAAAAAUAGCAUGGCAAACUUUUAUAAGAGUAUAUACAGCUACAUGGUUAAUAUACAAGUUUAAAUAACAGCUAUAUUCGGUUUCUAAUCAUGACCAGUCCUUAUUUAGUCCAUUGUGAAAAGAGGGAUGAGGUUGAUAAAGAGAAUAUUGUUUGGUGGCUGAGACAUUUAGCUAUUAAACCUCACCAAAGUCUGCACUGCGGUACUUCUUUUGUAAAGCAAAACAAUACUUCUUGCAGAACUACCAAGAAUACACAGAUAAGAAAGUAGAGACCAACCUGGAGUAGGGCACUGUUACCAAAUAUCUUUCCCCAAAAAAGGUCCUCACAGUUAAACUCUCAAAUGUACAGCAUAACACUAUCUAGCUAUCAAAAAUAAAGCAGAUCAUUUGUUGGUAACACCAAACAGCAUCAAACCACAAGAUUUCAUCUUGUGAGCUUAUUCAAUUGUGGUUUAUAGAAACAGAGACAAAAGGAAUGGCAAGUGGAUUAGGGGAAGGUUCUGAAUAGAAUACAGAAAGCUGUGACAUCAUAGCUAACAGAAUCAUUAUAGAAAUCAUACCUGCAAUUCAAUUCAUUAGGACUCACAUUUCAAGUUUUGAAAGAAACACAUGUAUUGUCCUUAAGGAAAGUUAUUUAUUCAGUUAUUAUUCAUAUGUGUCCAAUGUAGACUAAUGAAGAUUACAUAUCUUGAUAUCCCUGGAAAGAAUCUACUAUCAGUGUAGUAUGACUUGGUGGGACAUUUGUUGCCAAUUUUAACCGAAAGCAAUGUAUUCAACUUGUGGUUGUUUUAUUUCUUUUUAAAGUUCAAAUGCAUCAAAUUUGAUUCUAAAACAAACUAAGUUCUGUUUUGUUGAAAUGUUUGUUGCCUGCACUUUUGUUAUUUAAAAAAUGUAAGUGGUUUAUUAAAUUAAUUGUUAAGAAAAACAACAUUUAUGAAUGCAGCCCUCUGACAGUAGCAUACAUUAAAUCCCAGUUAGUAUUUUGUUGUUUUAUAUAGAGACAUACAGCUGAUCUUGCAGGUUCAAUGUAGGUCCUACUGCACUUGAAAUAUCAGCAUCUCACAGAUCUUUCAGUUAAACAGCUGUGCUUUAUCAAUUAAAAGGUGCUUUAUAGGCAUGACUAACAUCAGCAGUAUUACCAAAGCAUUUACAAAAUACAUUAUUAAUAAUAAUAAUAAUAAUAAUAAUAAUAAUAAUAAUAAUAAUUUAUUAUUAUGAUUAUUAUUAUUAUUAUUAUAAAAAUAUAGCAUUUAUAAACAUUAUGAACAUAUUUAAAUACAAACAGUAAAUAGAACAAGACAAAGACACUGAAUUAAACAUUGAAACACUAAAUACUAAAUAACCCCCUGUGGCAAAGUGGUGAGUGAAUACAGGUGCAUGCAGUGCAGAGUGGAUACAAAACAGACAAUGAUUUCCAGGUGCAAGGGUGUUUAUUGAUUUAUUGAUUUAUGUCCAGAGCCUUAUGGUGAACACCUGUAAAUAAUAAUGAUGGAGUGAUACAGCAACGUGCAUCAUUCGGUAUUUGUAAAUCCCCGGGUUUGACCUGUAACCAAAAGUCCAGUUUUACACACCAACACUAAACACAAAACACAAACACAGUUCCUACUGAUAGUGAAUAAGUGCAAAUGGUGUAAUACAGUUCUCCGUGAAAUGCAGGGGUGAAAGUGACGUCCGGGUUUAUGCUGGCUUUCGCUACAGCUACGGAACUUGCUACUGGUAGUCUAUUAAAAAACAGACAACAGUUAACAAACACUAACAAACACAAGACAAAACUCACAGUUUGCGAUACUGCAACACAGACUCCUUGUAGGUUUGAAACACUAACCAUUUACCAAGGAACAGAUCACUUACACUACGACCCCUCUUUAUACCCUCGCUCAUGACCACUAGGUUAACAAGCGCAUUCGCUCCUCUAAUCCUCAGAUGCCACGCCGUUUCCCGUCCGAGUCAUUGAGUUUGGGUGCCGUAGCUCUGCCCCCUUCCUAAAUGACCGACUUCCACCUACCCUAAGGAAUAAAUUGUCAUGCCAUUUAGUUAAGGGUACUCGGUUUCUUUUAUACAGUGCCCUCACAGGUUGGGAGGGAGAUCUAACACCAAGAAUCAUUUGAUCUCUGUCACCCCCCCCCCUCCCCCCUCCUGUGCAGAGUGUUUACUGUGUGUCCCUCAACCUAUGACAGGCGGCUACAUACUGGGCAGCAAGUGGGUCUGUGUGUUCCUCUCCCAGUAUGACUUCCAGUUUUUCUGGCUCCAUCAUGUGUUGGAAAUGUGGGAGAGGAGUAGUUAUCUUUUUAAAGAAUAUGUCCCUUGUUUGGGCGUAUUUAUCGCAGUGUAGGAAGUAGAAAGUGUAGAAAGUGCAUCUCUGUCUUGACCUCUCCUAUCUCACAGUGACCACAGAUCCUGUUCUCUCUGGGUAGCCAGGUUUUCUUGGGUCGGCCUUUUUCAAUGGCCAGGCUGUGGUCACUGAGCCUGUACUUGGUCAGGAUCUGCCUCUACCUUGUAUCUUUUACAGUGAAGAUAUACUCCGCUAGGGUAAAGUUUAUUUUUUGGGCCCGAUAGCAAUCAAGUUUAUUUGGGGUUUUUGUUUCUUUGUCCCAAUGUUCCAAAUAGGAGUUUUUUUUAUUUGUUUUACAGUUUGCUUGACUCUGAUUGGCAGUGCGUUAGCAGUGCUGUCCUGAAGCUGGUUAGUGUUAGUGUAGUGAGCUUCAGGACCAGCUGACUUUAUCUCUAGCAGUAGACAGGGUUGGUUGUCAAGUGUUAGCAGAUAAAAUAACUGGUAUUCAGCAACACUCCUCAUGCUCACUCAUAACAGGGUUUCUUUCGACCAGUUUCUCUUUUUCUUUGGCCAUUUAUCAUUUAGGUUUCUAGACGUCAUUCUUGCUUUGACUGAGGCAGUCCAUGUAUCCUGCACCAACCCUAUGAGUUCAAGCUGGUUGAUCCUCCCUGUUAUCUUACUGUAUUACAGGUAAAAAGACCCCCACGAGACAGCCAUACACAGACCACCAUGACCCAAGUGACUCGCAAAUUGGCAUUAAAAUCUGCAGACCCGCGACAUUCAUUGUACAGCCUGCAAAUUAAAACCUAUAUAUAAGAUCACUGUUUGGGCGAUGUAAAAAAAUAAA